AUGUCCGAGCAACAUAAUAUCCAUGCUGCUCAAAUGAAUAGUAACCAUCUUAAACGUCGUUUACUUGGUUGGGUUAUCGGCUUAUCGUUUUGUAAUAUUUUUUUAUUGUGCGUUAUCGUGAUACUCAUCUUUUGUGCUCCGACAUGGAUACGUAGUUAUACUACUUGGCAUUCCAAGAUGAAGCUCAAACGACGGGCCCGUCUUGUCAACAAGUUUGAUCUGGUUGAACGUUCCGCCCUUCCAUCAGUGCAGCCGUCUUAUGACGAUCUUUUAAAACAAUUACACGACCAGAAACAACAGCUCAAACAAUUUCCACGUGCUUUACCACUCACGCAGACUUUACCAGUGAUCCAGCCCAGGAUUUCUUAA